GUGGUUUGUUUCUAUGUGCCCUGCGAUUGACUGGCAACCAGUUCAGGGUGUACCCCGCCUCCUGCCCGAUGAUAGCUGGGAUAGGCUCCAGCACGCCUGCGACCCUAGUGAGGAGAAGCGGCUCAGAAAAUGGAUGGAUUGGUGGAUGGAUGGAUAUAUAUAUGCUAGCUAACUAACAAGUGAAGAGCUCGUCUCUGCCCCAUCCGGAAGCGAAAGUUGUGUUUCCGGUGUGUGAGUGCUCGCCUCGCCUGGCCAAAAUGGCGUCCCAACAGCAGCAGACCGGCGGUCCACCAGGCUUACAACAGCAACAAGCCGCUGCACUGCAGCAACAACAGCAGCAGUUGAAUCAACAGCAGGACUUCGACCCUGUGCAUCGUUUUAAAAUGCUCAUUCCGCAGUUGAAAGAAAGUCUACAGAAUCUCAUGAAGAUCGCGUCGCACAACCUGGCUCACAACACGACCAUAGACAACGGAGUUAAAAGCAGUGACGCUGCUGUUCAGCGCUUCGACAAAAGCCUUGAGGAGUUCUACGCUCUUUGCGAUCAGCUGGAGCUAUGUUUGCGGCUGGCGUACGAGUGCCUCUCGCAGAGCAUCGACAGUGCCAAGCAUUCGCCCAACCUGGUGCCCACCGCCACCAAACCGGACACAGUGCAGACAGAGUCCAUGUCCUACGCCCAGUACCUUGGUAUGAUCAAGUCCCAGAUCUCGUGCGCCAAGGACAUUCACAACGCUCUGCUGGAAUGUUCCAAAAAGAUUGCGGGAAAGGGACAGCCUCCGGGAAUUAUGUAGAUCUCGCAAUUGACUCAUUUUCAUGGAAAUGCCAAGGAUUGUAGGAUUUAUUGUUGUUGUUUUGUAGCACGGCCUCCAGAGGAGUAAUGCUUUUGGUCAUUUAUGUUAACACUCCUCUGAACUUAAGGCAGGGUGGAUCAAUUAAAUCCAUAAACAUU